AAGGUUUUUUGAUAGCAAUCGUAGUAUUCCCAUCUUUUUCAGUCUUUUCUAGGCCUUUCGUCCUUCUCACUAUUUCUCUUCAAAAUUUUCCAUUUCCUGCUAAACCAGUCAGGAUGCGUCUGCUAACGAAGAUAUGUAGGUCAUUUGACGGGGGACUUAAGGUGAAAUGCCGCUCCUUUAACCAACAAAACUUCAGUCCAAAAAUUCCCGAUGAGGCGGGAAAGCGUCCUACGCACUUUCAGUCCAUGCGCGAAUUCUUUAUGCAUCCGCUCACCUGGGAUCGCAAUAACGGCUAUUUCAAUGUGGUGCUGGCUCUGUCUAUUUUUGGAUUCUGCUUCUUCAACUCGUGUGCCCCGUGUGAGCAGAAAAGGGGCGGCCUUGAGGAGCGCACAACCCGCCCACAGUGAAGCCUGGCUGUAACUCACCCUGAUUGCAAACGCA